UCCUCUCACAAACCAUAACAGUUUUUUCUGACCUUUAAGAGGUGUAAAAUAUGACUUACAGCUCUUCAAUCUGUGUUAGUAGCAAUGAGCCACCUGAAGUCACCAUUCAUCCCAGUACAACUGAUUGUGCUUUCCAUUUAUUCCUGGAUAAAAACUCACCUUUUCUGAUAAAACCUUAGUGGCUGUUACCACUCAGUGAGGUUUGCUGCCUGGAAACAAAUGGCUGCAUGAAAGAUCGAGCUGGAUGGAGAACUGCAGAAAACAUCCCUCAUCUCUGUGUCAAUCAUUGAAAUAGCUGUGGAAUUUAAUAGUUAGGCCAAGCAAGAAAUUGAAGCAGAUGUUGGCAAGUAAAUCACUUCACCUCAAAAGAACAGACCCUGUAUUUAGUAAGGAAAGGAUAAAAGGUUUGGGAUUUCUUUCCAGGCAAUAUAAUAAAUAAGUUUUACCAGCCCAGAUGACCGCAGGGUUCAGGCAGGUACAUAUCUCCAGGCAUCUCGGAAAAAAGUGAAGGAUUGGGUUCUAAGACUUUCAGACAGAUUUUUCAGGAGUGAAACUCUCUAAGUCCUUCAGAGGGCUUUGGCAUGAGCUUUUCCUAUUACACUGUUAAAUAUGGGAGAUGAUUUGAUAGUGAAGCAAAGGCAGUAAAUAGUGUGGAGCAUGAAGCAGCCUCAGGGUGAGCAGUGCAUUUCACCCACAGCAGUUGCUUCAGAAAUCUUACUUGUUCUCCAUGCCCUGUUGCAUUUGGAUUUGAGAAGUAGUCUCCUGGCAAGGCCUGCAGGAGGAUUUGUCACCUGCAUCACAAAGCUGCACAAAAUCUCUCAUGGAAAGAGCAAAGGGAGAUUUAUCAGGAGAAAGGUGGCAGACUGAUGGAUACUGCCACAGCCGCAGUUAAAAAUGUGUCACAUCUAUUCCUCAGCUUGCCUGUUAAUAUUUAAUUCAUUGAGGAUUUAUAAAGGAGAAAUAAAUGCCCAGCAUGUAAUAAUCAUGAUAGAAUACAACAGCUAGUUUAAAUCUCUUUUCUUCUAUAGUCUAUCCCUGUUAAUUCUCUGGUUACUAACAGGAAAUAAUUUCUGUGGAAAUGGCUGAAGAGAAACUACAUAAAGCAUGAUAUUUCCAGUUUUCCACUGGCAUUUGCAAAAUUUUCACUGAAGCAUGUCACACCCAGACAAUUUAGGAGCAAGAGAAACCUUUUGCAAACCUGGCAGCCUCACCCUCAUGUUUCUUGUUUUUGUUUGUUUUUCUAAUCAAGCUGUCCCCCCUUCAGAAGCUCAGCUGUGAUUCAGAGAAAGUGCACACAUGCUUCCAUCAAAACCAAAUGUGGUAUGGCUUUUUCACCACUAACAGAAGACCUCUGAAACCCAAAAGGGUGAGCCAUGGAACCUUUUCUUUGCAGUUAGAACCCGAGAUCCAUUGUCACACACCAGACAUCUAUUCCACAGCCCCUGGUCCAUCUCUAAUACCUGUCCAGCCACAGAUUUGGGGCUGAGUGCCUGAAAAAGCCUAUUAAAAUCUUCCUGCUCCUACUGACCUCAGCUGUAGUGAAAUGUGAAAGAGCUGUGGAGCCAGCCAGGAGCUCUGAUGUGUCAAACCACUUCCUAUACACGAUGGCACGCUGAGCAUCGACUUUGGUUUCCUGGAUAACAGACUAAUACUUGAACAGAAAGCAGCCUUUUUUCUUUCCUGUGGAGCCAGCAAAAUGAUGAUUUGCUGACCAAAGCCCUCUCUGCACACGUGGGUGGUGCUGCCAGACAGCCUUAUCAGGCAGUAACAACUCCUUGGCUUGGCUGGCAACAGCUCAUCGCUUCUGAGAAACUUCACCAUCCUGAGAGGUGUGGAGAAAAGAUGGGGACAAGUCCCAUGGAGCACAAGUGGCUUUUGAUGUGGCUCUUGUUUGGAUUCAGCAAGGGGAACAGGACAGGUGCAUGCCCACGUCUUCCAGCGACUGAAUUUGCUGAUGUUACUGCUGACAUGUAUCCACCACCAACCAAACUGUACUAUGAGUGUGAGCCUGGCUAUGACAGAGAACCUGGUACAUACCAAGGAAUUCAGUGUAAGAUUGAACAGCAGGGAGCUGUUUGGAUAUCCAAAGGAUACAAAGCAUUUAAAUGCUUGGAUAAGAAAAAAUUGUUGUCAGGGGCUACCACGAUGGGGUUAGAACUGACACAGAAGCCAGAAUUAGAACCAAUGAGCACUGCACCCCAGAAGCAAGAAGACCUUUCAGAGUCCAAACAAAAAGGUUUCUGUGGUCCUCCCAAGACUAUUCCACAUGCCUUCAUAAGGCUGUCCCAACAGCGUUAUUACGUGGGACAAGUCUUACAUUUCAAAUGCCAGACAGGUUAUGAUAAGAGACCCCCCACCUUUGGCAACAGGACGUGCAAGGAGGAGAAUGGCAAAAUCUUCUGGACUCCCCUUGACAUGAGAUGCACCAAUGACAGCACCCAGUGGCCACCACAGAACAUCGAGCCAGGUUUGAAUCUUCUGUCCUCUUUCCCUUCCUCAUCAGGGACACAGCCAGUGACAGGUUUUACAGCUAUCUGGUUUGUUCUGCUUAUCAUUUCCACUGCCUUUGUGUGACUGACCAAGCAGCCAAUAAGGGAAGACUUCUCAGGGAUUUGUGGCCUUCAGAUGCAAACUUGUGAAAAUAGUGACUUGCCACAGAAGAAACCAGAUUGUACCAGUGAUCCCAAGACCAGCAGUGGCAAAUGAGGAGGAAGCCUGGACACUCAAACCCAACGUGUGAAGGUGGCAGAAGAUGUUACAGCUCAACUCUUAUGGGGACAGCAUGACUUCCCACCUACAGUGUGGGAUUCACAUUCUCUCAACCUGUGAGAAGCAGUGAGAGAAGCAGAGGAAAGAAUGAUCAAAACAAUUCUUAUCUCAUUUGCUGCUCCUGUGUUGUGCCAAAGUAGAAUGCAAUGUGGAGAUGGUUUACCCAGAGUGAUGGUGGUUUGUUUCCUUGGCCUAUCAGGGCAGGUGUGUGUGCAGACUGUGGGUCAGCAGACAGUCAUGAGAUGCUGGGCAGUUAUGUUGAGUGCUUUGUGCAGAUUCAGUUUAGAUGUAAUGCAAUAUAAUAUAGAAUA